AUGUACGGCGCACGUGGUGGUGUAUUAUCAGAUUUCGAACAUUGCAACGGCUGGACAUGGUUAUGCAUAUACCAUUAUUGUAAUAUACGUAGUAGACGUAGAGUAGGCAAGGAGUUUAUGCUUAUACUCGGCAGUAGUUUGAAGUGGGAUUUGGGACGAUUUGCUGAGCAGCUUCGUGAGAGCCGUGCAAAUGUGCCACACGGCAUAGGGCUACUAUUUUGUAAGGAACGGUUAUCCAUAGCUUAA